GGUGAGUGGCAGAACUUAACGCAGAACCUGGAAAGGAACCCAUCUAGGAGUCAAGCAGAGGAUCAGAUGGACAUUCCAUGGACAAUCUCUCUACAAAGAUUCCCUAACCAAGAACUGUCUGCAAUCCGUCCCUUAACACCCGGGGGUAGGAAGAAGGCCACGAUCCCUCCAGAUAAGAGGGCCAAGGCCAAACUGGCUGUGGACAACAACACGGGACUGAGGAAAAGCAGUGCUGACCACAGUAACAGACUCCCAACCAAUGCCUUACCUGCUCGUUCUUUGGUGAAUGGAUUCACGGACACCCACAAACCUCUCCAAGACAGGAACCUUCUCGAUUCGGUAUUUGCCUCCACUAAUCUUCAUACUUCAAAAUCCAUCUCAACAGAAGAGCAGAGCAGCGGGAAGGUCAAUGAGUUACAGGACCAUGAAAAUAAUCGUCCGGGCAAGAUUAAUCUUCAGAAACUCGUAGAACUUUCAUAUAACUCCAGCAAGCCAGCCUGGAUGACCAACCGCCAACCUUCCAGCCUACUCUACCAAUUUCAUGGCUUCCGGAAAGAAUUCGAAAGCAAGGAAAGAAGCUGCCAGUUGGACUGCCACAAAAACAGAGAGGAAAGGGAGGCCUAUUGUAACAGUGACUUUGCGGUGAAUGGGAUUGUACAUGACGUGGACACUCUUGGUAAAGGGAUUCAGCUCCUGACCAUACUGGUGAACAGCGGUGGCUUAUACAAGAUCAAUCGUCUCUAUAUAACACCUGAUGGCUUCUUCUUCAGGGUCAAAGUCUUGGCUGUGGACCAUUUAAACUGCCCCAAGUCAUGUCUGGACUUCAAACUUGGGGACCGGUACAUUAUAAUGGGGCGAAUUUUCCACAAGCGAAUGGAGUUACCGCCUUCGAUACAAAGGACGGUCAGCGGACAGUUGAGAGCUGGAGACGGGCUCGUGACAAGCAGCAGUUUUGUGCGCAAAUAUAAUCGGAAAAAGGAUCGCAAGGUGCUGGCGGCCGCGCAUGCGAAGUGUAAAUGA